CCACCGCUACCGACCAGCCUUCGCCCCCGGCGAAUUCACCGGCCACUUUUCACUGCGCAAAAUAUCUCUCCCUUCCGCAUCGCCGCAGCUACACCCGGGAGGAAAAAUAUCCUAGAGGUUCCGUCCGAUUCGCCACUUGGCCGAGCGAUUCGAGUUCUUGCUGCGGUCGGGGCUCUUGGUUCCCGCGAGCCGAGUUCUUGGGCGGCCAUGGACCCGGUGGCGGCGGGCAUUGUGAAGGAGGAGCUCGUGGAGCGGCCGCUGGAGGAUGGUGUCGGCAGGGAUGCGGCGGGGCCGCCGCGGCCGAUGGAGGGGCUGCACGAGGUGGGGCCGCCGCCGUUCCUCACCAAGACGUACGACCUCGUGGAGGAUCCGGCCACCGAGGCCGUCGUCUCGUGGAGCCACGCCGGCAACAGCUUCGUCGUCUGGGAUCCGCACGUCUUCGCCGAUACGCUGCUCCCGCGCCUCUUCAAGCACAGCAACUUCUCCAGCUUCGUCCGCCAGCUCAACACCUAUGGCUUCAGAAAGGUUGAUCCUGACAGGUGGGAGUUUGCAAAUGAAGGUUUCCUCAGGGAUCAAAGGCACCUACUGAAGACGAUAAAGAGAAGGAAGCCACCUUCAACUGUGCUACCAUCGCGUCAGCAGGCUCCCGCUUCUUGCCUGGAGGUUGGCGAGUUUGGAUUUGAGGAAGAGAUUGACAGGCUGAAGCGCGACAAGAACAUCUUGGUCACAGAAGUAGUAAAGCUAAGGCAGGAGCAGCAAGCUACUAGAGAUCAUGUGCAAGCCAUGGAAGAGAGGCUGCGAGUGGCUGAGCAGAAGCAGGUACAAAUGAUGGGGUUCUUGGCAAGAGCAAUGCGAAAUCCGGAGUUCUUCCAGCAGUUAAUUCAGCAGCAAGAUAAGAAGAAGGAGCUUGAGGACGCCAUCUCAAAGAAAAGAAGACGGCUCAUUGACAAUUCUCCAUUUUGCAGCCCUGAGGAAACAAGUCAGAGUGAGCAGCUUGAUUCACAGUUCUUGUUUGAUUCGGAUGUGCUCAAUGAGCUCUGUGAACCUGGAAUGCCCGAGCUGGAGAAUUUAGCAGCGAACAUUCAGGAGCUUGGGAAGGGUAAUGCAGAUUGUGGGAAGAUGGAUCAAGCUAGUGACCAGUCAGAGCUGAAUGAUAACUUCUGGGCAGAGCUGUUGAUUGAAGAUUUUGUAGACAAGGCAGGGCAGUCCGAGUUGGAAGGAGGAACUGAAGAUGUGGAUGAACUUGCGCAACAGUUGGGGUAUCUGAGUUCUAGUCCAAAGUAGAGUUUUUCAUAACGGUUGACCCAACAAAUACUGCUGCUUUAGUACUAUUGCAGAUCAUCUUGAACAAUCUGGAGUGACGAUUAGAGUAGUGAUUGAUCUUGCCGACGAGGCUGACAACCGAUGAUGCAAUUUUUUUGUUCUAGUUAUUCCAAUUAUGUUUUUGCAAUUGCAUCUUUACAUUUAUUCUCCCAUCUGUCCUUACUCCUCUCUGAAGCUUUCUCUUUUGUUCCUCAUUCAGUUGACUGGUGGAAAUGUAUGGCUGUUUGAGGUGUUCGUUCUUGAGCCCAGACCAUGGACACCACUAGCUAGAUGGUGAAGACUCGAUGCUGUGUCUGCUAGAUAGCAAUCCAUGAGGUCUAGUGUUGGCUAAUCGUUAUCCUAAACUACUCAAGACUAACGUAGACGUACAGUGGUCAUCAUCUGGCAUUCAGUAGCUUCUUACGAACAAGAACCUGUGGAAGUAGCUCUUACUGUAUAUGCAACCGUCAUUGGGUCAAGUUCUUGUACGUUUUGCCAGUGACAAUCAUGGGUCGGGCAUCUGGUUGUAGAUUGAGUCAGUCUCCUAGUAUGGUCCCUUUAGUCUCCGUGUGAUUGAUGUACCCUGGAAUCUCCUUGCUGUUCGAACUGAGAAGCAUGCUGUUUUGUUCACUCUAGUUCCAUGAUCAUCGUAACACUGAACAGUUCAAACUGAGAAGAUGUGAAUCACCUUCAUGUUUUUUCUGAGCUCCGUGUUGGCAGCAGUUUCUGCCGUUUCUU